AUGAAUAAUGACCAAGGCCCCGAUUUUAAACUCGAUCAAUCGGUUACUAGCAAUGGAUUGUUUACCGUUAUAGAACGGAAACCUCUUUCAUCAUUAGAAAAUAACGAAGGGUUUAAUGGAAAUAAUUAUGGCGAUCCACUAAGCAAUUCAAUAGAGGGUUUAUUAAAAAAGAAGGAAACAGAAAAUACCCCAUAUAAUGAUAAUAUUUGUGAAAUAUACAGAUUAAAUAGUUCACAAUUUUUAAACGAUAAUUGUGAAAAUACAAUUAGUAGAAUAAGUUAUGUAGAUGAUGAUGUAUCAUCAUUUUAUGAUUCUGAAAAAGAAAAUGAACUUUAUUUUGACAAUGAUAUAUCUACUCUAGGAUCAUGUUAUUCUGCCGCUAGUCCAUUAAAAUCAAGAAAUAAAAAAGGAAGGAGUAGUUAUGUAAUAAAUACAAGACGAAGUAGUAGUUAUGAUAAUACAUAUAACUCAUAUAAACAAAAAGAUUCUAAAAAUAAUGAUAAUGAAGAAGAUGAAAAUAAAAAUAACAAAUAUCGACGAAAAAAAGAUAGAGAUUACAUUUUAAAUUAUUAUAACAAUGAUAAAAAAGAUGAAAAAAAAGAAAGAUAUACACAUGAUUACAAAGAAAAUGAUAAGACAUUUAGUGGUGAAUUAAUAGAUUCAAAAAAUAGUAAUGAUGAAAAAGCGAUUCGAAUAAAUAAAAAUAUAUAUAGAAUAGUUAAUUUAAAUAAAUCAGAUAGUAUUGAUAAAGAAAAUUUUAUAAAAAAAAUAACAAAAAUAAGAAAAAGCAUGAUUAAAAAUACGGGAUAUGAUAAUUACAAAAUCGAAUCAAAAUAUGAUGAUAAUAAAAUAAAACGAAGACAAAGUGGAAAUUAUAACAACCCUGAUUUAAAAGAUUUAAAAGAUGUAGAUGAAAAUGAUUGUAUAAAAGGUUUGUCGAAAAUUUAUUUUAAUGAUGAGUCAGGAAAUUACACAAAUUAUAAUAGAUUUAGUGAAGGUUAUUAUUUAAAAAAAUAUAAAAACAUUUCUCGAUACAAUAGUGAUAAACGAGUUGGAUAUAAAGAAUAUGAUAUAGAUCGGGAACAUUUUAUUUAUUCUAAGAAUGAUAAAAAUUGUGAAAAUCUUGAAAAUGAUUCGGAUCAUAAUUAUCAUAAUUCAAAAUAUAAAGAUAGACAUCCAUUUUACAGUUAUGUACACAAUAACAGUGAAGAAGAAAAUGGAGAAAACAACGGUUAUACUAAAUAUAAAUAUCAUGAAUAUAAUAAUCGAAAUAAUGAUGAAAUUCAAAUUAACAGAAAUUAUGAUAUAAAUGAAAAUAUACAAUAUGAUAAAAAUAUUAACAGAAAUAUGUAUGGAAAAAAUGUAUUACCACAGAAAUAUGAAAAAUAUGGACAAUAUGAUAAACCUGAAUAUUAUAUAGGCGCCAAAAUAAAACACUACAAUCAAAAUAAUCCAAACAUAAAUGGAAAUGAUUGUAAGGAUAAUUAUAUGUAUAGAGAUGAAGAUAACGAAUACACUUAUAAUGAUAUAAAUGGUAGAAAUGAAAAAUGUAGAUAUAAAAAAGGAAAUCAUAUUGAAUCUGGAGGUGAAGAAUAUGGAGAAAAAGAAAAUAUAAAUUUAUUUGAAAAUAAAAAAAUGUAUUUUAAUAGAAACAGUAAGGAAUAUCAUUAUAUAAAUGAAAUAGAAAAUGAUUUGUAUAGAUAUAGAGGUCAUAAAGAAUAUGAUGAAUACAAAAAUAAUUAUUAUAAAAAUUAUUCUAAUUAUAAUUCAAAAAAAAUGUAUAAUAAUAUGGGGUACGAAUAUAAUGAAAAUGAUGAAAAUAAAAAUAUAUAUGAAAGGGCAACACGAGGAAACAGAUUCGAUUAUGACCAAAACAAUCAUAUUGAAAAUAACAUUUACAAUCAACCAUUUCGAGCAAGUUUAAAAAACAAGGAAUAUAAUGAUAACAUAUAUAAUAAUAAUUACAAUUAUCAAAAUGAAUUUUAUUAUAAUAGUAGAAAUUCAGAAAUGGAACACGGAAAUAAUUUAUAUAAAGACCAUAUAUAUAAUUAUAGAUAUGAUGAAAAAAAUGUAAAUGAAAAUAAAAGAGGAGAUAACAAUGAUGAUAAUAUUUGUAGUGACAUGGAAAAAGGAUAUAGAUAUUCAAGCGAUAAUAAAAUGAAAGACGAAAAACAAGAUGCAUCAUUUUUUAAUAAUUCCUAUAAUUUAAAUGAUAAGACACAACUAAAUAAUAUAAAUACAAACAACGAAUCGGAUGGAAUACAAAAUAUGAAUAAUGAAAAUCAACAAAACAACAACCCAUCGAAUAAUAUAAAUCAACAAAAUGGAGAUGUUAUUUCUACUAUCCCAUUACCAGCGGUUCCAUUUCCAACUUCCCCUUUGUCAACUACCCCUUUACCAACUGUUCCCAUGUCUAUUCCAACUAUCCCUACUUCUGGAUCGGUGCCAUUUGCUACCAUUCCAGUAUCGAGUGUAGUACCGAGUGUAGUACCAGGUGCAGUAUCGAGUGCAGUACCAGGUGCAGUACCGAGUGUAGUACCAGGUGCAGUACCGAGUGUAGUACCAGGUGCAGUAUCGAGUGCAGUACCAGGUGCAGUAUCGAGUGCAGUACCAGGUGCAGUAUCGAGUGUAGUACCAGGUGCAGUAUCGAGUGUAGUACCAGGUGCAGUACCGGGUGUUGUGCCGAGUGUUGUACCGGGUGCAGUAGCGAUGCAAGGAAUUUCAUUGUCUAGUCAAUUGCCGAUAAACACUGGCAUUUCAAUACCUGGACAAAUUCCUAUAAACACAACAGGAUCAGUUGGUAUUUCAACGGAGGUUCAAAGUGGAGACCAACAAUCUCAACAUAGUCAGGUAAAUCCUGAACAGCCAGUAAAACGAAAAAGAGGACGUCCAAAAUUAAAAAAAACACCAGAUGAAGUACAACAAAAUGAGAAUCAAAACAAUAUAGCAUCUUAUCAAAUUGGAAAUAUAAAUAAUGCAAACAACAAUUUAAUGAAUGAUAUGAAACAUCAUAUGUAUGUAACAACUUGCAAUAAUAAUAAUACUACUACUAAUAAUAAUAAUUUAAACCCAGUUAUAAAUACAGGAUAUAAUAAUCAUCUUGGGCAUACAAUAAAUAAUCAUUUAAAUAUUCCUAUAGAACAACAAAUACAGCAAGCCGUUAUAAAUCAAACACAUGGUCAAUUAUUAAAUUAUCAAAUAAAUAAUUCUGCACAUCCAUUAAGUGGGCAGAUAUCAGAAUCACUAGCUCAUCAAUUAAGUCAACCAAUUGCUACAUCAUUAGUUCAUCCAUUAGUUUCACAAAUAGAGCAACAUGCAAACAACCAAAUAAAUAACAAUAUGAAUCAACAAGUAUCGCAUCCCCUUGUGCAACCUCUUAACCACCCAAUGAACAUGAAUGUAAAUCAAAAAUAUAAUCAUCAUAUAUAUGGAAAUAAUAACAUGAACAACCCAAUGAAUCAAGCCAUGUAUAUGUUACCAAAUAUUGUAAAUAAUAAUAAUAAUAAUUUAAAAAAUAAUAAUUUUAAUCAUAAUUUUAAUCAAAAUAAUAAUUAUAAUAUGAAUGAGGAUAAAAUCGGACAAAUGUACAACAACAGUUUUGAUAAUGAAAAUGGAAAUAAUUUAGAUCCUAAUAUGUAUUAUAGAAAUUUAGAACAAAUUAAACAAAAUAAUGAUAAUAAUUUGUAUGAAGAAGAAAGGGAUGAAAAUGAAUUCACAAAAAAUAAUAUAAAAUAUGCUCGAUCGGCAGUUAGCGAAUCUGACGAUAAACAUUCUGACAAAGAAAAUAAAAAGAUUCACAAAAGACGUGGAAGGCCAAGAAAAUCAGAUGUUGAAUCUCAAGACGAAUAUAAAAAUGGAAAAAAUAAUUUUGUUGAUGAAUAUAAUAAUAAGAGUGACAGACAUAAUGAUAAUUCACAAACCGAAUCCCGAGAAGAAUCUGGAUAUUCAACUUUUGUUGAUGAAAAUAAUAAAACUAUUUCUUAUCGUGUGGCUUAUCAUCCAGCAGAUGCUGUUUGGGAAAAGAUUUCUGGAGUCAAGUUCGGUCCAAUGAUAUUAACAUCGCAAAGCAGAACAACAAAUGUUAUUUUAUCCAAAAAACGAUCAAUUGAAUUGGGAAACAUUUUGCAUAAUCUUAUAUAUGGAUACAUAUAUAAAGGUGAUAACGUGAGGCUAACAAUAGGAAAAGAAUCAAAAAACGUUCAGAGUGGAUCUUCCUUUUUUUUACCUAGUUAUAAUGAUUGUAGUAUUCACAAUGAUGAUGAAAUGGGAUCCGCCAAAAUAUUUCUAUGUUUUGUCUAUUUAAAUUAA